CAAACAAAACAUCAAAUACGAUUUUAAUAAAGGCUUAGAAAGAUGUGUAGCAUAUAAAAAACUGAAGGCAAAAAACUGAUGGAAAACGGCUAAUCUUCCCAACAGCCUGAAAAAAGUCGAAACAAUUGAACCCCAUUAACAGAGAAGUUGUCUUCUCUUGCAACAUUCUAUCAUCAUAAAAAAUCUAUAAAUUUCCUUAAUUUCAGCACUUAUUUCCCCAUUUAAAAAUCUUGUUUUUGGGAUUUUUCUUCUUGUCAUUAUCAUACAUCUGGGGUUAAAGUUUCGAUUUUUUUUAUCUGGGUUUUCUUUAUUUUGGUGAGGAAGUUGGGAAAAUUUUGUAAUUGUGAAGAUAAAUUGAGGGGUUUCUGGGCAUUUUUUGGAGUAUUUUUGAAGGAAUUUUUGUGGGUUAUUGAGAUUAAUUGAAAAAGUUUGGAACUUUAUUUUAUGAUGUCUACCAAAUUGUGUACUGCGAAAGAUUUAGCAGAGAAAAUGUCUUUGAUGGCUGAACAAGGAGAACACUAUUGCUCUAAGAAAACAGAUGAUUUGUGCAAAGAUUGUUGUUGUCAGUCAAGCAAAUCAAGGAUGUCUAGACUAUGCUGUGUUCUUCGAGGGCUCGAUUUGAAGACCUGUAUAUUCCUGUUUGUAGUCGUUCCUGUAUGUACUAUCGGUAUCUACUUGCAUGGGCAGAAAAUCACCUAUUUUCUUCGACCACUGUGGGAGAAACCACCUAAACCUUUCCAUAUAAUCCCUCACUACUACAACGAAAACGUGACCAUGGAACAUCUCUGUAAGCUUCACGGGUGGGGUGUUCGUGAGUACCCUAGGCGUGUAUACGAUGCAGUUUUGUUCAGCAAUGAACUUGAUAUACUCAAUUUAAGAUGGCGGGAGUUGUACCCUUAUAUUACUCAGUUCGUGCUGCUCGAGUCCAAUUCCACAUUUACCGGGAUUCCGAAGCCUCUAGUUUUUGCUGCCAAUAGAGACCGGUUUGAAUUUGUGGAGCCUCGGUUGACUUAUGGAAAUAUCGGGGGUCGUUUUGUUAAGGGAGAAAACCCAUUUGUGGAGGAAGCAUAUCAGCGUGUUGCAUUGGAUCAACUCCUAAGAAUCGCGGGCAUUUCUGAUGAUGAUCUUUUGAUUAUGUCGGAUGUCGAUGAGAUACCGAGUAGGCAUACCAUCAAUCUCUUAAGGUGGUGUGACAAUACCCCAGAUUUCCUUCACUUACAGCUCAAGAACUAUUUAUACUCGUUUGAAUUCCUCGUAGAUAACAACAGUUGGAGAGCCUCGAUCCAUAAAUAUCAGACGGGGAAAACGAAGUAUGCCCAUUUUCGACAGACUGAUGACAUGCUGGCUGAUGCUGGGUGGCAUUGCAGCUUUUGCUUUCGUCAAAUCAACGAGUUUAUAUUCAAAAUGAAAGCUUAUAGCCACAGUGAUAGAGUGAGAUUUUCUCAUUUCUUAAAUCCCAAAAGAAUUCAGAGAGUAAUUUGCAAAGGGGACGAUUUGUUCGAUAUGCUACCCGAGGAAUACACAUUUAAGGCAAUCAUCGGGAAGAUGGGACUGAUUCCUCAUUCUUACUCCGCGGUUCAUCUGCCAUCAUAUCUUUUGGAGAAUGCAGACAAAUAUAAGUUCCUUUUACCAGGAAAUUGCAUGAGAGAAAGUUAGCGAUCUUCGUUUUCUUCUUCGGCUUCUUUGGCUAUAUAGGGUGGUGUUCAGAGAAACAUUUUGAUGAAUGACAGUUGGUCAUUCAACUUUGUCGGGAAUCUUGUACAUAUCAUCUCUGGAGCUCGAUUUUGUUCGAUUAAUUGGUACAUAUCUCGUCCAUAUAGAGGAGUUUCCGAUCUUGUGGAGCUAGUUAGCUUUGGUAUGGUAAAUGACUAAUCUCAUAUACUCUUUCAGAUUGAGAUAAUUCGAGGGUGUUUCGAGCAAUAGACAGUUUUGUCUUCUGGUUUUGGACUAAUAUAUUCGUAUAUUCUUUUUCCUCUAUCUUUGGUUUAUUGUGUUCUAUGGAUUCUUCUGGCUUAUCAUUAUUCAAUUCAUUGAUUUGUUUUUCUUUAUCCAUUUGAGUAUUUUGCUUUGAUGAUUUUCAAAGAUAGAAAAGGAAAAGGAAACUGAAUGAAAAUUAAGGGUCGAAUUCAGGAUAAGCCGAAUACUCACGUCUACUUGUGUGAGCCAAUUCGACUACUAUUUUUGUGUGUUAUAUGUUGCAAAUUCAAAAUUUAUGGGGUUUUUAAUCAAAUGACCCAGAUCAUAGACUAGGCUAGUCCGGGUCUAGAUUCUCCCCUAAAAAGUUACCCAUGUUGUUAGCUUGUUUGGAUCUAUGUUACUUGGACUCUUCAUUUUGCUUCACGUACCUGUGUCCGAUCCUUGAUGCUUGGACAUUUGCAUGGCACUAAACACUUUAUUUUAGACGUAAAAUUUAAUAUUUAGACGUAUUUAACACUUGGACACGUACUAAUUUCCUACAUUAAUAUCAGAGUCCAAGUAACAUCGGUUAGGAUUGUUCCAAGAGUUUUGGCUGAAUAGUUGGUAGAUAAAACUGUUUUCAGAAAGCUGUGUCAUAGAAUAUAUGGCUUGUGAGGAAUUAUUGCUUUUGUAUUCAUAGUUCAUACACAACUUCAUGUCUAAAUGUCUUUAAUUUAGUGUUAAAAAGAAUUGAUUCAACCAGAUAAGAAAGGGAAUCCAUACAAUUGUCAACUGAUUUCUUUAUCCACAUAUCCUCAUUCUUUAAGGGGAAGUUGUAGGUGGAAGAUUGUUUAACUGUUGCUAUGCCAACUGCCAAGCUAUAUAUCAUUUUUCUGUUGUAUUUUGGUAUUAGAUUUUGAGAGGACAAUAUAAGAUGAAGUCCAAUCAUGUUUGGGUUGAGUUAGGUCAUUUUAAUUUUUCGUGUGAAAUGGUCUUACCGUAAGACAUUUCUUAUAUAUGGGUUGAAGUGACAGAGGUCAUAAUUUUA